GGAGCUGUUAGUGGGAAUGUUUUAAUGCCCAGCUGCCGCCAGGCCAGACAGGACCCUGGGUACUGCAAACCCCACCUGGGAGGGCAAACGGAAGGGGAAAACACUGCCAUUGCCUGAGAGUCUGGAGUUUCUAAACCAAGAAAGGAAGAAACCACGCGGGUUAUUUACGAGCUGCUUCCCUCCUGCAGUUUUAAGCCGCUGUGAAAUAAGCCUGUGAAUUACCACUCAGAGGCUAACGCUGGGCGAGUUAACCUGGCUCUGCGGGGGUCGGCGCUGCAGACCUCCUGCGCCCCCCUGAGGAUUCCUGUGGUGGUGCAGCCCACCACCCGCGGCAGAAAAGCGGGCCACUGGCAGACCGCGCCGCGGGCUGACGCUGUCCGGGCGUACAGCCUCGGCGGCGCCCCUCGCUCGCCUUCUGUCACUAUCCAGCCACCAGGCAGGCUGCGGACGAGGGGAAUCCAGCCGAAGCUCGAGUUCGAGACUUCAGCAUAGUAUCAGACUGGGUUCCAACAGCAGCCAUCCCAACCUGGGACGGGAGCGCAGGCAUCUUUGAAGGAGCCUUCCGCCACGGUGCAACUUCCCCGCGGAGCCAACUUUAGUCCAGUCUGUGGACUCGGUGCAGUGGAAGUGACUGAAUAUCCCAGGGAACUGGCCGUCCGGUUGAUUCGCGCACGUUUCCGUGGCUCAGAGGAGGGCCCCACCCAGCAGACAGGUCCGCGGAGUCUCCAGGAGUGGAACCGCUCCGUCCGGCCCAGCCCCGUCGCACCCCGUCUUAAGGGGCUUCCAGGCCAGGGGAGCACCACGGUGGCCACGGUCAUGGAGGGCGCGCUUGCGGCCAACUGGAGCGCGGAGGCGGUCAAUGGGAGCGCGGCACCGCCAGGGGCCGAGGGCAACCGCACCGCCGGGCCGCCGCAGCGCAAUGAGGCCCUGGCGCGCGUGGAGGUGGCGGUGCUGUGCCUCAUCCUGUUCCUGGCGCUGAGCGGCAACGCGUGCGUGCUGCUGGCACUGCGCACCACGCGCCACAAGUACUCGCGCCUCUUCUUCUUCAUGAAGCACCUGAGUAUCGCCGACCUGGUGGUGGCCGUGUUCCAGGUAUUGCCACAGCUGCUGUGGGACAUCACUUUCCGCUUCUACGGACCAGACCUGCUGUGCCGCCUGGUCAAGUAUCUGCAGGUGGUGGGUAUGUUCGCCUCCACCUACUUGCUGCUGCUCAUGUCGCUGGACCGCUGCCUGGCCAUCUGCCAGCCGCUGCGCGCCCUGCGCCGCCGCGCGGAUCGCCUGGCUGUACUUGCCACCUGGCUGGGCUGCCUGGUGGCGAGCGCGCCGCAGGUGCACAUUUUCUCGCUGCGCGAGGUGGCUGACGGCGUCUUCGACUGCUGGGCGGUCUUCAUCCAGCCCUGGGGACCCAAGGCCUACAUCACGUGGAUCACGCUCGCCGUCUACAUCGUGCCGGUCAUCGUGCUUGCCGCCUGCUACGGCCUCAUCAGCUUCAAGAUCUGGCAGAACUUUCGGCUCAAGACGGCGGCGGCGGCGGCGGCGGCGGCCGAGGGGCCCCAGAGCGCGGCGGCGAGCAGCGGGGAACGCGCGGCCUUGGCACGCGUUAGCAGCGUCAAGCUCAUCUCCAAGGCCAAGAUCCGCACGGUCAAGAUGACCUUCAUCAUCGUGCUGGCCUUCAUCGUAUGCUGGACGCCAUUCUUCUUCGUGCAGAUGUGGAGCGUCUGGGACGCCAAUGCGCCCAAGGAAGCCUCGGCUUUCAUCAUCGCCAUGCUCCUGGCCAGCCUCAACAGCUGCUGCAAUCCCUGGAUCUACAUGCUCUUCACGGGCCACCUCUUCCACGAGCUCGUGCAGCGCCUCCUCUGCUGCUCCUCCGGCUAUCUGAAGGGCCCCCGGCCGGGAGAGACGAGUGUCAGCAAAAAGAGUAACUCGUCCACCUUUGUUCUGAGCCAGCACAGCUCCAGCCAGAGGAGCUGCACACAGCCAUCCUCGGUGUGACCUGCCUGGGGCUGGACUGCCUCCCUCCGCUUGGGUCUCGUGACGUGGACAGUCCGCCCCUUGUGGCCAUGUACAUAUGUAUAUAAGGUACCUUUCAGUUUGUACCCUUCCACGCCUUGGGGCAGCUUGAGUGGGGUGGGGAAUUCUGACACAGGGUGCAGAAGUGGUCUCCAUGGGGGAAGAUGAUACGGUAACAGCCUUCGGCAGUCCCUGGAUCCCCCCUGGGCCCCCACAGGUACUUCUGCUACCCUGACACUGCUGCCCCUGGCUGCUGGAUGGGGUUGUUCCUGUUUCCUGAACCUGUAAUUUCACUCCAGCAUCUUUUUUCCUGCUUUAUUCUGGGACCUUGUGAAAAGUAGUAAGUGUAGGGUUAAUGAGCCACUGAGUGUGGAAGCCUAGUGUCCUGACCUUGGAGUAAGGAGUGGAAGUGGGACCACAGAAGGGAGGUGGUGCUCAUCCUUCUGACUGCAGAGUGUAUUUGCCUCUGAGUGGACCGUCCCUGGGUACCGGCUUGUCAGAGGGUGGCCCUAGGAGCACGGAUUCCUUUACGAGACCAUUUGGCACAGGCAGCGAUUCAAACUUAAAAAUAGGUUGAAAAUGUUUAAGAAGCAAAUAUUUAAGAAGUAAUUAGGAAAUAAAAAGAAUAAAAGACUUCUAAAUUGGGAAGAAAGAAGUAAAACUCUGCAGAUGACAUGAUUUUAUAUAUAGAAAAUUGUAAGGAGUUCAUGUAUACACACACGCACACAUAAACCCCUUAGAACUAAUAAAUGAGUUCAGCAAAGUUACAGAGUACAAGGUCAAUGUAUAAAACUCAAUUGUAUUCCUUUAUACUAGCAAAGAACAAAAGGAAAGUGAAAUUAAAUAAUUUCAUUUAUAAUAGUAUCAGAAAGAAAAAAUAGGAAUAAAUUUAACAAAAGAAGCGCAAAACUUAUAACCCUGAAAACUACAAAAUAUCAUUGAAGAAAUUGAAGAAGACUUAAAUAAAUGGAGAGACAUCCUGUGUUCUUGGGUCAGAAACUUAAACUAUUGUUAAGAUGAUAAUACUAUCCAAACUGAUCUGCAGAUUCAAUGCAAUCCCUAUGAAAAUCCUAGAUGGCUUCUUUGCACAAAUCAAUAAGCUUAUUCUAAAAUUCAUAUGGAAAUGCAAGGGACCCAGAAUAGCCAAAUAAGCCUUGAAAAACAAAGUUGAUAGAUUCACACUUCCUGCUUUCAAAAUUUACUACAAAGCUACAGUAGUCAGAAGACUGUGGUACUGCUAUAAGGGUAGACAUAUAGACCAAUGGAAUAGAAUAGAGAGAGUACAGAUAUAAACACUUACAUUUAUGGCCAAUUGAUUUUUGACAAGUGUGAUGAGACUUCAAUAGGAAAGAUAGUCUUUUCAACAAAUGGUGCUGGGAUGACUGGCUAUCCUCAUGCAAAAGAAUGAAGUUGGACCCCUCCCUCACACUCUAUACAAAAAUUAACUAAAAAUGCACCAAAGACCUAAAUUUAAGAGCUAAAACUAUAAAACUCUUAGAAGAAAACAGGCAUAAAUUUUUGUGAUCUUGGAUUAGGCAGUUGUUUCUUAGAUAUGACACUCAAAAGCACCAGCAAAGGAAAAAUAGAUAAGCUGGACCUCAUAAAAAUGGGAAACAAAACUUUUGGGUU